AUGGCCUGGCCACAAGAUGUUGGUAUAUUGGCUUUGGAGGUGUACUACCCGUCGAUGUACGUUGAUCAGAACGAACUGGAAGAAUUUGACGGUGCGAGCAGGGGAAAGUAUACCAUAGGUCUGGGCCAAAAUGCGAUGGGAUUUUGCAGUGACUGCGAAGAUGUGUGCUCCCUGGCUCUGACUGUCACUCAGCACCUCCUGGAAUGCUAUUCGGUCCACCCGUCUUCGAUAGGAUACAUCGCUGUUGGCACUGAGAGCCUCAUCGACAAGUCGAAGAGUGUGAAGACGGUGCUGAUGCAGCUCUUCUCAAAAUGCGGCAACAACGAUGUCGAAGGCGUGGACACGAUCAACGCCUGUUUCGGAGGGACUCAGGCAAUGUUUAGCGCUAUUAAUUGGAUCGAGUCCAGUAGCUGGGAUGGCAGAACGGCCUUAGUGGUAAUGGCGGAUAUUGCAGCGUAUGCCGAACCGUCAGCUCGAUGUACCGGAGGUGCUGGUGCUGUUGCGCUUCUCAUUGGCCCGAAUGCUCCUGUUGUCUUCGACAGAGGUGUGCGAUCAUUUUACAUGGAGCACGCGUAUGACUUUUACAAGCCUGCUAUGUCGUCUGAGUUCCCGGUGAUCGACGGAAAGCUCACUAUCCAGUGCUACUUGAAGGCUCUUGAUCACUGUUACGAACGAUACUGUGCUAAAGCACAGAAGGUGUUUGGGAAAUUCACAUCGUUCCUACAAUUCGACGCUCUUCUUUUCCAUUCGCCUUAUUCAAAGUUAGUUCAGAAGUCAGUUGCUCGACUAAGUUACUUGGACAUGCGGCGAACUCCACCAUUUUGCUCUGAUAAUACCGUUCCUGAAGAAACCUACUUCAACAAAGAUUUAGAAAAGGCUUUCAUGAAACACAGUGCCCCGGUGUUCAACAGCAAAACCCUGCCUUAUUUACUACUUAGCAAGAAUGUUGGCAAUAUGUAUACGCCGUCACUCUAUGCCGCUCUUGCGUGCUUUCUGGCGACGUGA